AUCACCAAUGAAAAGUAUACAUUGGAUCUGUUUGCCAAAAAAAUGAAUUUUAUUUAUAAUUUUGUGGCAUUGAUUUUUUUGAAUAUGCCGCAUCCAAUGCAUACUGAAUGUGAGAGAUCCAAGUGCAGAACAGUUAGAAAUAUUGUCCAGCAGGAUCUACUUCCCCAUUACAAAGCAGUUGGGACAAAGAUCCCAUACAAGUGCCCGUUUUUCAAGGACCGAGACAAAUUCUUGGGAAAUGAGGAACACAAGGAAAAGGAAUCUGCGUCCAGGUGGACAUGUGGAUACUGUGGGAAGGCCUUCAUUGGGGAGAUAUAUCUUGACCAGCACUUUGACAACAGACACCAGGAUAAUAUAUUUCAAGAGUCUGACUCAGUGUGCCUGGGUGACUUCUGUGAGGUGUUCCGAUGUGACAUACUGGAAGGCAUCGCCCGGCCCUCGUUCUGGGACAUAAAACUGUGCAUGGAGGAAGAUAUGCAGGAUCUGCAAGCUGACUGCUUUGAAUUGAUGGACCAAUGUAUUGCUGAAAGUUUGCAUUGGAAUGCUUCCAAAACAUUGAAAGGGUUGUUAUCCAAGUCAGUGUGUUCAUUCCUGACUUGUAAAAGGUACUUCGAAGCUCCAGAAUAUGUGAAAGAACAAGAAGAAGAGCCGGUCAGUAUGCCAUAUAUUGUCCUCACCAUUUUCCUAGCCAUCUUUUUUAUACUCUACUACUGUGUGGCUAUCAACUAUUUCUGGUUCGACACAUUUUCUGAUCUCUAUGAGGACCAAGAAGACAGUAGUAGGUUUUUAGUGACAGGGGCAGGCUCCCUAUUCAAGGACGAGACUGUGGAACUUCAGAAACGUGUCAUGUCUCGCAGGCGGAAGAAGUCUCCUGCACAGUCGAACGUUAACCCCGAGGAGGAUGUGCUCAAUGUUCAUGCUGGACUGGAAUCAUCAUUGCUCAGUUUUGAAGAUGAUGACAGCUAACAAAGAGUGUCUGUGUGUUCGUGAAGUUGUGUAAUAUGUAUAUAUACAUGUAUAUCAAAAAAUAUUUCUGAUGUGAUAAAUGUGAUUUUUUUGCCAUGUAUGUUUGAUGUGAUAUAUCCUGGUUAGUGUUAUUCGUUAGUUCAUUUAAUAUAGAAAUUCGAAAAAUGGCAUUCUGUAAAUGCUUCUGCUGGUCUGUAAAUUGUCUUUAGUUGGAAGCAUGUUUAUUUGGGGUACAUUCCAAAAUUCACCAUGGAUUUGCAUGAUGUAAACAAUGUUUGUUUUCCUCUUUACCACCAGAAAAUUUGAAGGUCAAUAGGCUCCUUGUUGACUUUACAAAACCAAAUCUUGUUGACUUCAAUAUAAGAAGCAUUGUAAUUAAACCAUAAUUUUGAAUGUUCAUCUAUGUUUCAAAUAAAAAGUAGCUGUAAAUGAUUUUUAUCACCAUUUCAAAUCAAAAUUAAAAAAAACAACAGUGAAUAAUUAUCAAAAAUUGUUAUUUAGACAAUAUUCAAGCUUGCAUAUAUAUGUGUCAAAUCAUAGGAAAAGCUUGUUAGCACUCUAGAGGUCACAUUUAUGACUGUAUGUUCAUGAAACUUAGUCAGAAUGUUUAUUUUGAUUAGCUCUAGGCCAAGUUCGAAUCUGGAUCAUAUGCGGUCAAAAACUAGGUCACUCGGUCAAAUUUAAGGAAAAGCUUGUUAACACUCUAGAGGUCACAUUUAUAAAUGUUUCUUUAUGAAAGUUGGUCAGAAUGUUUAUAUUAAUAAUCUCUAAGUCAAGUUUAAAUCUGGGUCAUGUGCGGUCAAAAUCUAGGUCAUGAGGUCAAAUCAUAGGAAAAGCUUGUUAGCACUCUAGAGGUCACAUUUAUGACUGUAUGUCCAUGAAACUUAGUCAGAAUGUUUAUAUUGAUUAGCUCUAGGCCAAGUUUGAAUCUAGGUCAUGUGCGGUCAAAAAUAAGGUCACCAGAUCAUAUAAUAGGAAAAGUAUUUUAACACUCUAGAGGCCACAUUUAUGACUACCGGUAUAUGUUCAUGGAACUUGAUCAGAAUGGUAUUGUUGAUGAUGUUUAUUGGAUCAGGUGAGCGAUUCAGGGACUUUAGGGCCCUCUUGUUUCAAAUUAUGCCCCUGAGGACAAAACUGGCCAUGCCCUGGGGUUCACAAGUUUUCUAGAUUUUAUAUAGGUAUAUAUUUGAAAAUCUGUUUUUAAACCACAUGGCCUAGACCUUUGAUAUUUGUUAUCUAGCAUCAUAUGGUGGUCCUCUACCAAGUUUGUUCAGAUUAUGCCCCUGGGGUCAAGACCCACUCCUUUGGACCUACUUUCUUAUUUUUGAAGCUACAGCAAUGAAAUGAAUACCAUGUCACGGCAUGUAUACAGUUAUGAAAACAAAUACCAAUGUUUUCUUUGGAUGACAUCGACUGUGGCCUUUUGGCAUUUCUUAUUUUUGUUAAUGUAGGCAAUGAAAUUAGGUCCAUGUGUUUAGUUUUGUGCUUGGAUGACCUUGACUGUGACACAUUUAACAAUACUCGAUAAAGCCUAGUUGCAUUGCCAUUAACCAAUAAGCACAUUCAUUCUCAUAAGGAACAAAGGCCUUAAACUUUCACUCAGGUCAUCAAUUAAGGGCCAUCAUGACCCUCUUGUUUAUUAUUGUGUCCCCAGAUAACCAACUGUAAAUAAAACUUAGACAUGAAACAAAAUGAUAGUGUCUAAAAGAAAUAAUACAUAAAUGAUAUUACUGAUAUACUUCUGAGUAAUAAAAAAGAGGAGGCAACAGUUUCUUCAUAAGGAGUACUUUUUAUGGAUAUAGAAGUAAGGAAAUCAAAACCACUGGUGAUUUGUACCCUUUAUUCACUAUUGAUUCUGGCGUAACAUUGUACCAAUGAUUUAAUUGAUGCAAUUUUACUAAAUUUUUAUUUCAAAUUAUUUGUAUUUGUGGUUUUGCAGUUUGAUGCUUUUAAUGAUUUUAACACAAAAUAGUAAC